AAACUCAACUUUUGUUUGUCCUGCCCUUUCUUCGUUGCUGGUCGCCCUGUCUUUGUCAAUGUAUUGGUGUUAGUCGUCGUCUUUCAACCAACCUCCUCCCUCUCGUGGCAGCCAACCUUAACACUCAAACCUGGUCGAACUGGCGCUAUCGCUCGAGCCCUUGGCGCGGUCUUGUGUUUGUUUGGGGUCGCAUUUUUAGUAUAACUUUAGCUGCGACGACCAACUCCUGCGCAGGGCGCAGAGAAGUAAACAACCACCCACCCUUCCCCAAGCUCCCCCAAACACGGUUCUCGAGGCUUCAGCGUAUUGCCUCUCUUCAUCCAAGAUGGAUGCAAAGCCCCAGAGAAUUCGCGUCCGUGGUGACGAGAAUGCCCCCUUCCCUCUCGCAGCCAACAAGACCCUCACGCAGAAAAACAAAUCCACGCCUGCCUUGUCCACCAUGUUCCAGAACGGCGCUAACAAAGGUGCGGCCAAGCGGGCUGCUUUUGGCGAUGUCAGCAACACGGCCAAACCAAUUGCCGGUCGCGAUGAUAUCUCCCUGGCGGGCAAGAAGCAGACCAAAGGGGCAGAGAAGGCGGCGUUGAUCGUCGAGAAGAAGGCCAGCCUGGCGCAGCCAGCUCAGCGGCCCAUGUCAAUGGCUGGUAUGAAAGGCCUCUUGAACAACGUUCCCAACGCCAAACCCAUUGAACCUUCCAAGCAAAUCGCCUUGCAGCAGCAAACUGCAAAUGCCAGAAAGAUCUUAAACAAGCGGGCUACAGUAUUCAAAGACGCGUCGGAACCGUCGAACAACAAAUGCGAAAUUACAUCCAAGGAAACCAACACCGAAAUCGAGGAAGGGGACAACAAGGCAUCCCUUGCACAGGCGCCCGCAGCUGCGAAGCGGACCACUACGAAGGAGGAAGCUACACGCGAAGAACCGAAGCCAGUCCUGGAAGACGCCGAAGAGCAUUCCAUUGUGGACUCUGAGGUGGACGAGGCAGAGAAGGCUUUGCUGGAGGUUGAUGAUGAUCAUUGCAAGGUCCAAGAUCAUAGCGAGGAUCCCAAGCCCCGCGAGCUUCCCGCUGCGCCAGAGGUUCCUGAACCUAACCGUGUCGCGAAGGCUCAUCGUGACUCUGCCUCGACCUCGCAUGCACCAGCACAGUCGGAGCCAGAGGAUUGGGAUGAAGAGGACGAGCAUGAGGAGGAAGAUGGGUAUAUCACUGCUCGCUCCUACCGCUCUCGCGGCGAAAAUACCACUGGGGGUGCCACCACCGUGCUUUUCCCCAAAUUCACCCAGCAAGUCCGACGCGAACUAGCUCUCGCGGAGCAGGUCGUGGAGGCCACACGGACUGAGGAAGACAUUGAAGAUGAAUGGUACGAUACAAGCAUGGUUGCUGAGUACAGCGAGGAGAUUUUCGAAUACAUGAGAGAACAAGAAAUCAAGAUGCUACCCAAUGCUCACUAUAUGGAUAACCAAGCCGAGAUCCAAUGGUCUAUGCGGUCUGUGCUUAUGGACUGGGUCGUGCAGGUCCACUAUCGGUUCUCUUUGCUUCCCGAGACCCUCUUUCUGUGUGUCAACUACAUCGACCGCUUUCUUUCUUGCAAGAUCGUGUCCCUGGGCAAACUUCAGCUUGUGGGUGCCACUGCCAUCUUCAUCGCCGCCAAGUAUGAGGAGAUCAACUGCCCGUCCGUGCAGGAAAUUGUCUACAUGGUAGAUGGAGGAUAUUCCAUGGACGAGAUCCUCAAAGCUGAGCGUUUCAUGUUGAGCAUGUUGCAAUUCGAGCUGGGAUGGCCUGGCCCGAUGAGUUUCCUGCGGAGGAUCAGCAAGGCCGACGACUACGACUUGGAGACGCGCACUCUUGCCAAGUACUUCUUGGAGAUCACCGUCAUGGAUGAGCGUUUUGUUGGAAGCCCCGCGAGCUUCGUUGCCGCUGGCGCUCACUGUCUGGCCAGGCUCAUGCUGCGGAAGGGAACCUGGACUCCCGCCCACGCCCACUAUGCCGGAUACACUUACACGCAGCUUCUCCCACUCAUUUCUCUCAUGGUGGAAUGCUGCGAGAACCCUCGCAAGCACCACGGCUCUAUCUACGAAAAGUUUUCUGACAAACGCUACAAGCGCGCUUCUCUGUUCGUCGAGAACGAGAUGAGAAAGGGAUUCAUUGUCCCAGAGCAGGCCAGAGAUAGCUCUUAUUCCGAUCGCAACGCAUCAACUGAACCAGCGCCCUACUGGAAGCGCGCAUAGCUUCUUAUUUAGUCACUCACGCUGAUUCCCUCGACCUCUUCUAACCGCUACUACUUACAGAAAACUCAACUUAACGUCGUCGUUUAUUUCUGCAUAUAGAGCAUGAAAAUGUCUGACACGGCGCAGGGGUUCAGGGUUUGCUGGCUACACUGACCUGCAACCCGUGCCUGUUGAAAGCUGCUAAUAUCUGAAAAUAUGAGGCGUGAGUGCGCAGAAGCU